AUGGCAAGGCGACCGAGACAUGUGGCUGUACCUCCGACGCCGCCUAAUGAGGAGAACUGCGUCUAUCCUACAGUCGGACAGUCGCUGCAAAACGAGACAACAUCGAACCAGAUCAAACAAGAAAUUUUCGCACCAAAGCAGCCACCUACGAAUUGGAAGAGAACCAUCGAGGAUGCCAUUGAUGCGCAGACUGAUCGGCUGAUCGAAUUCUUACAUGACUUCUCGGCUGCUUCCAAGUCGCCGAUUCAGACUUCGACUGGAAGAGAGGGUUGGGAUGGUUACGCGACCACGGCACCAGUCGCCGCUGUGAUAUCCUUAUUCCUGUCUUCAAGGCAUACCAAAAGUGUCGCGCUCGGCUCACCAACGUUUCCUUCUGUGGUCAGUGUCUUUGACGAAGGUGAAGGCCCCUGCCUUGUAUUGAACGGGCUUUUGUCUCCACGUCUGACCUCGCCAUCUCAUCCGUACUCUUCCAACAAGGCUACAGGACCAUUAUCGCAUUCGACAACAAUGCCAGCACAUGCAGCGGGCACCGCAGCUAUCGUGGCAGCUUACGCCUACUUGCACUCCAUUCGGCACCAUCUCAUUGGCACAGUUGUGAUGUCAGCGAUAUCUGAUACUGAGGAAGGUCACUUGGGCACAUGUCGACAUCUACUCCACACUGAUGAGAGACGAUCGCUUUGGAGAGGCGAUUGCAUGAUCACUGCCGUCGCUACUUCGAAUGCUCACAAACCAACGCCUCCUUCCCCGGAGAGAUUCUCCUCUAGACCCGCCACAAAAAACAUCGACCCUGCAACCUUUGAUCUGCAAUCCGCGUGUUGGCAAAGGAAUUCGCUGAUCAAGGAGUUCACACCUUCUCGCCUCUCAACGUGCUGCGCAACUCACCCUGUGGCCACCUCCUUGUCGAACAACAGCAAACGAGUAUUGGGUAGACGACCCAGUAUCCCCGACUUUCAGACUGGACGUGAGCUUGGCUCACAUACUCGGUUCUGGACAGAAGUCGGUGUUUCGAGUUUUUGUCUUGGCGUUGGUGGUGUUGAGACCAGUGAAGCAGUAUCCCCGCAAUCGCACAUCCCAGGACACUCAACGGACCAGGAUGCCAUGUGUGAUGCGAUGGUUGACUCUGGAAUCCGUGAUGCCGAGACGGAACGAGCUGAGGGUAGUAAUGGCCAGGAUGGCGCGACGGAAGAGGUGGACAGCAAACAGUGGAUCCAGCUUGUCAAGGUGUUGGUGUUGACGGCUUGGGAUCAAGUGGGCUUGGAAGAAUGA